CUAAUCAUUAUUUUAGCUAUACAAAUUAUUUCCUCAGACGUAGCAACAAUCGAAUCCGCCCAAUGACUUACUUUUUACUUAGAGAAAGUUUGAUCACAAACAUCAAUCUCGCGUGGUCGCUGAUCGCUGAGUCUACGGUAGGAGUAAAACAAAAUAGACAAGCCUAGGUAUGAUGAGGCAACCCAACAGCCCAUGGCAACCGAGCAGUCAACCGGAAUAGGCUAUUGAAGUCCAAAGUCGCUUCUACGAUGGGUUAUGUGUUUGAAGUGAGCGCUGCUGUAAGACUGUAUGUACUCGCUAUAUCUGUGGAUUUCACUUUAGGUUUAGGACAAAGCCAAGAUACUGAAUUCACUUUUCUACUCCUUGCCGGCAGAACAGAAUGUUUCUACCAAACAGUUGCGAAGAAUGGAAGCCUUGAGGUAGAAUACCAGGUGAUUGCAGGUGCUGGCCUAGAUGUGGGCUUCACCCUGAUCUCCCCCAGUGGAUACAGGCUGGUCUCUGAGUUCAGGACAUCAGAUGGCAUCCACACGGUGGAGCCCACAGAGGAUGGAGACUACCGGCUGUGUUUUGACAACAGCUUCAGUAAGCUUUCUGAAAAGAUGGUGUUCUUCGAGGUGAUCGUGGAAGGCCAAGCUGGGGAUGAAGAGUGGGCAGACAUGGCCGAGCAGGAGAGUAUGAUGGAAUACAAACUGGAAGACAUCAGGGAGGCCAUGGACUCAGUGCACAAGCAUCUGGAGCGGAGCCGGCAGUUUCAGACCCUGCUGAGGGGAUUCGAGGCCCGAGACCGCUACCUGCUGGAGGACAACUUGUGGAGGGUUUCCUUCUGGUCCUCAGUGAGCCUCCUGAUUAUCAUGACCGUGGCUGCCACACAGGUCUACACCCUACGAUGCUUCUUUGACGACAAGAAAGGGUCCUUCAAACCCUAGUGUCCAUUGGUACCUUCCAACAGAACCACAGCCAAACCGUUUAAUGUUGUGGAACGUUAAAUUCAACGAAAAUGGUGCUGUACUGAACAUCCAGUUAGAAAAUGAGAGGAGUUGGGUUGUGGAAUGCUGUCAGCCUGAACACAGCCUGUCUAAUACCUCACUCAUUAUCUCAAGCCACACCUUCCCACACUUUGCAAAAUAGAGCGAACUAACCAAAAGUCUGUUGAACCUGGGCCUAAAGAAACGAAAUAAGCCUAAAGAAACUGCCCUUACAAGGACACAGUUAACUUACCAUUGAUCUGUACCUGUGAACCAUUAAAGUUUCUGUCAUAUUUUAUAGAUAAAAGGUCCACGGUUAAAGGAUCAUUGACUAGGCUGUGAAUCUGAAGUAAAGUAAUACAAAUAUAUAGAUUAUAAGAAAGUGUAUAAAAUAUCUCAGUGAGCAGAGUUCAAUAAUCAGGAAGUGGAAGCUGGAUCACAUCACCCAGGAUCUACCAAGCAAAAACGCUGUCCUGUAAACUCAGCACUCAAACGAAAAGGACUUGUGAGAAAAGCCAACAAUCACUGUUAAGGAAAUACAAAGUUCAGUAAAUGGGAUUGGAGUAAUGGUGGUCAAUCAUAUCAAAACUACAUUUCCGAAAGAAUGAGAGUGGGAAAUGUUUUUGUGGUCAGAUGAGAUGCAUUCAGUUUUUUAGAUAAAAUCAUCUUGGUAACUUUAAUAGCGUAUGGUUUCUUGCACCACCCCCACCCAGUGGUAUCUUCCACUAUCUCCACCCACUCCACCCCCCCCCCUUCCCCCCACUGCUCAGUGGUAUCUUCCAUUGGGACCACCCACACCAACCCCCCACUCCCUUUCCCCCCACUGCUCAGUGGUAUCUUCCCCUAGCCCCGGGGUGUCUUCUAACAUCCCCACCCGGGCCCAGAGGUGUCUUCUAACAUCCCCACCCUGACCCAGAGGUGUCUUCUAACAUCCCCACCCUGACCCAGAGGUGUCUUCUAACAUCCCCACCCUGACCCAGAGGUGUCUUCUAACAUCCCCACCCUGACCCAGAGGUGUCUUCUAACAUCCCCACCCGGGCCCAGAGGUGUCUUCUAACAUCCCCGCCCGGGCCCAGAGGUGUCUUCUAACAUCCCCACCCUGACCCAGAGGUGUCUUCUAACAUCCCCACCCGGGCCCAGAGGUGUCUUCUAACAUCCCCGCCCGGGCCCAGAGGUGUCUUCUAACAUCCCCACCCGGGCCCAGAGGUGUCUUCUAACAUCCCCACCCGGGCCCAGAGGUGUCUUCUAACAUCCCUACCCGGGCCCAGAGGUGUCUUCUAACAUCCCCACCCUGACCCAGAGGUGUCUUCUAACAUCCCCACCUGGGGCCAGAGGUGUAUUCUAACAUCCCCACCUGGGGCCAGAGGUGUCUUCUAACAUCCCCACCUGGGGCCAGAGGUGUCUUCCAACAUCCCCAUCCAGGCACAGAGGUGUCUUCUAACAUCCCCACCUGGGGCCAGAGGUAUCUUCAUAGAAGCCCUGAUCAUGCCUAGAGGCACCUUCCACCUCAAUUACUUUUUUUGUUUUGUUUAGUAUAAUCUUCCACGACUGUAAUGUAAUCGUCUCAGAUUGAAGACUGAGGGAAAACAGUGAUGUGUGGCAAAGAUUGUGUUAUGUUUGUAUGUUGGUUUUUGGCAGUUUUUCAGGUCGAAUGGUUGGUGUACGAGUAAUCAACAGUCUUUAAUUAUGUUUUGACAGUUUUGUGUGAACUUACCAAACAACAAGCCUCCAAUGGAACGGGAUGUGGAUGUAUGUGUUUCAAAAGUGACAUUUGAAUUAAUAGUUAAUUACUUUGUUAUAACACUAAACUAAAAUAAACAGUAAAAAAGUUA